AUGGAUAAUAAAAUUGAGGAAAAUAUAUUUGAAAAUAUGACGAGAGAAGAAAAAGAAGUUUUAUUAGAAGCUAACACAAAAAGAGAAUGGGAGUCAGAUGGUCAGUGGUUAAAAAGAAAAGAAUUUUUAUUAAAGAUGUUAAGUUAUCACAAAGAACAUAAUUUACAAAUAGAUGUAGAGAAAUUUUGUAAAAUGGGUCAUAUGUAUUAUAAUGUAAAAUAUUUAAGUUGUUCAUAUAAUUCUCAGAUACUUGAAGAAAUGAAAAAAUAUGAGGAAAGUUAA